AUGAGCGCGUCCAGGUUCAUAAAGUGCGUCACCGUGGGGGACGGCGCCGUCGGCAAGACUUGCAUGCUCAUCUCCUACACCUCCAACACCUUCCCCACCGACUAUGUGCCCACGGUGUUUGACAACUUCAGUGCUAAUGUUGUGGUUGAUGGCAACACUGUCAACCUCGGGCUAUGGGAUACUGCAGGUCAGGAGGACUACAACAGACUGAGACCGCUGAGUUAUCGUGGAGCUGAUGUCUUCCUUCUGGCCUUCUCGCUUAUCAGCAAGGCCAGCUAUGAGAAUGUUUCAAAGAAGUGGAUACCUGAGCUGAAGCAUUAUGCACCAGGUGUGCCUAUUAUCCUCGUGGGAACAAAGCUUGAUCUUCGAGAUGACAAGCAGUUCUUUGUGGACCAUCCUGGUGCUGUUCCUAUCACUACUGCUCAGGGGGAGGAACUAAAAAAGUUAAUAGGCGCACCCUACUACAUCGAAUGCAGCUCGAAGACCCAACUAAAUGUCAAGGGUGUAUUUGAUGCGGCAAUAAAGGUGGUACUUGCGCCACCAAAGGCGAAGAAGAAGAAAAAGGCGCAGAGGGGGGCUUGCUCCAUCUUGUGA